AUGACGGAGAAAAUAAUUAAACGCGGUGAUAUUUAUAAGGUAGUUCUUGACCCAACUGUUGGCAGAGAAAUCAAAAAAACUCGUCGCUGUGUCAUUAUUUCUAAUAACCAACAAAACCUAUAUAGUCCGCUAAUAAUCGUUAUCCCCAUCACUUCGGACAUGGAUAAACUUUACUCUUGGGAAGUAGUUAUCCAUUCCGAGGGUAAAGAAAGGAAAAUAGUAACCGACCAAAUUAGAAGUGUCGAUAAAGAAAGAAUAAGGGAAUACAAGGGUAAAGUUGGUUAUGAAACUUUAAUUAAACUGGAAAAUGCAUUGCGGAGGGAACUCCAAGA